GGUGUAUUUGCAGUUGUGCAUUGGCAUCGUGUUUCAUUUCAAAAAUAUUGUAAAAGAAAAGAAUGCUUUAAUAAGUAACUCAAACACAAAACAAUCCCAAUCACAAAGAUGAGUUCGACACCUGAUAUCGUUGGUUUAACCAACAAAAGUAUUUUCUUGAUCGAAUUCAAAGAAACCUUUAGUGAAAGAGCUCUCAGAGACGAAACUACUACAAACAUACGCAGCAUUGUGUUUAGUCCCAAAGGCAAUUAUCUCGCAUACAGAAACGAUAAGAAGGCUGAGAUUAUAAAAUGUGGAGAUUGGUCAGUUGCAGCUGUCAUAGAGGGGAACAUAAAAGAUAUGUUCUUUUCACCUCUCGACAACUACUUUAUGGUUUGGGAAAUGUUUAUGAUGACCAAGGAAAACCCACAGGGUAAACCAAACCUUCAUGUGUACAAAUCCGCCACAGGUGAAUUAGUGGGUUCUUUCAUUCAGAAAAACCAAUCAGGAUGGGAGCCACAAUGGUCAUCGGAUGAGAAAUUAUUUUCUUUGCAAGUGAAUAAUAGAGUGUUGAUUUAUGAGAAUGCUAAGCUAGACCGAUACACUCAUCAGAUAAAUGCAGAAAAACUCCAAUCAUUUAGCAUUUCACCGUGUGUUGCGCCUGCAUAUUACUUUUCUGUAUUUACUUUAGGCAAGCAAGGACAACCAUCGUUUUGGCGCGUGUUCAAAUUCCCCUCCUUAGAGCUGCAGCAAGCAGUAGUGAGCAGAUCUUCGUUUCAAGCAGACAAAGCCUCCUUCAAUUGGAAUAGACGCGGCACUAACGUCUUUGUUAUGACUCAAACGGAAGUCGAUAAAACUGGUGGUUCUUAUUAUGGCAAGCAAUCACUAUCGUAUGGUGACCUUAAAGGCAAUUCUGGAAACAUGGCAUUCAGCAAAGAAGGUCCGAUACACUCUGUGUCAUGGAACCCAGGCAACUCCAAUGAAUGGGUGGCUGUGUACGGUCACGCCCCCGCUAAGGCUACGCUUUUUAACGCCAAGUGUGAACCGCUCUUCGAGUUCGGUACCGGCGCUUGGAACGCCAUAUACUUUCCUCCAGAGGGGCACUGUGUGUUACUAGGCGGUUUCGGUAACAUAGCCUCCGGCAGUAUAGAGGUGUGGGACAUGCGUGGAUACAAGAAGCUGGGUACAUGUACAGCACCCGAUACAACCUGGUUACAAUGGGACCCGCGUGGAGAGACCUUCCUCACUGCUACAACAUACCCGCGACUGACUGUUGGCAACGGAUACAAGAUUUGGCAUUACACCGGCGCUCUUAUGCACAAACGCAUGUGUCAAGAGAAGGAAAAUCUUCUAGCGAUCUCUUGGCGGCCUGGCACUUAUUCUAAGAGCGAGUUGUCCAAAACUGCACCCAAAGGCAUAGAAGACGCGACUCCGAAACCGACUGCAGCUUACAGACCGCCCGGUGCUAGGAACAAACCGUCGAAUUUCACUUUCCACGAGCAUGAGAAGCCACACAAGCCUGGAGAAAGUUCUGCGGCGCCUUCGAAACAAGCCAUCAAACAGAAGGAGAAACGCGAAGCUCGCAAAGCACGCAAGGCAGAAGAAAAGGCUAAGGGAGACACCUCUCCCCCGCCCCCCACAUCUUCCCGCGCCCCCUUCAUCUCCACCGGCGACCCAGAGAAAGAUAAAAAGAUAAAAAGUCUUAACAAGAAACUCAGCGAUAUAGACAAGUUGAAACAGCAAAAGGCGGCGGGCAAACAACUUGAACUAAACCAACUCGCCAAGAUCGACAGCGAAGCUUCUCUACUACAGGAAUUAGCGCAGCUCCGAUUAUGAUCACCGACGGCUCGUAAAUAAAUGACUAGAUCGCUUACUAAUUACGUAGAAAUUUAAGAGAGAACUAGCUGUCUCCUGCGUAAAUCAUUGGCCGCAAUACAAAUCUUUAGAACAAUAUUAUCGUUUAGACUGUUGGUCUUGUUGGUAGGACAUUUACGUCUUACUUAGUUGGUUGUCAUAAAACUCUAUAAGAAAGAAAUCACUCGCAGCUAUUGACAUUUUAUAUUAAAGAUUCGAUCAAGCCAUCAAGUGUUAUUUUUGCAACAAAAAGUAAGUUAUUAUUCUCUGAGGUUUUUAAUAUCUCUAUAAUAAUGAUAUUCAUCAAAAUCGGUUCAGCGUUUUUUGCCGUGAAUUGGUGACAAACAAACACAUUUACUUUCAAAUUUAUAAUAAUAAACAGGGUCGCGGCUAACGAUUUACGUGUUGUUUACAGUUGCAAACUAGAAAAUUGAGCUCUCCAGUUAAGUGUAGCAAAAUAUGACUAAUAAUAUUUUGCCUUUGAGCGUGAUUGAGGUAUUAAGUACAAGUGUAUGGGUAGUCGAAUUUAAUAAUAUAUGGUUAUUGAUUAUUACUUGUAAGUACACGGAUUUCUAUUUACCAUAUGUUUUUAAUUCUAUUAGAGAUAUCAUUUGUGGGACGAUUGUUAACUAGCUAGAUUAUGGUAACGAGUUUCCAAAGCACAAUAUUAUAUUCGUUUCAAAGAUACGUUGAUAAAAUUUAUUAAUGGAUACAUUUUUUUUGUUUUGUGUUACUGUGAUAAGCUCGCUCGUCUAGUUUAGUUAUCUCGAUGUGUUUAAACUACGAAUUUAAACCUUAUUGCUAAUUAGUUAACGACGGUACUGGAAUCAACCGACGAGGCCUUAGCUGUACUUAAUUCCUCAAUAUUGAGGGAAACUUGCACCAAUAUUCUUCAAUCAAAUUAAGGCUUAAUCCUGUUUGUCAUAUAAUUUAUUCUUUGGACAAGAAAUUUGCAAAAUUUUCCCACUAGGGGCGCUGUAAUUGCUUGAGCCAAAACUUCUAUCAAAUACAUACCUAUUAGCUUAUAUUAAUUUUAAAGCAUUUUAUUAAACAAAUUACAAAUGCCGCGUUGUGAAAUUCCUGGUUGUUGUGAGAAAACUGCAGCAUACUUCCCGACUAAAAUAUAAAUUAUAAUAUGUUGCUUUGAAAGGAGGGGGGGGGGGGGAGGGGGUAAAACUGACCUGCUGUUUACACCAUGGUAUGUAUUUGGGACUGGUAAUUGCAUCUCGAUGUCUUCAUUUUUAUCAGAAAAAAUUGCACCUAAAUUAAAAUUGCGGUCAUAUAUCUUAAGUCUGUAAAAAAACCCAAUGUUAUAAUUCCCAUUUUAGCCAGAGGUAACUCUAUAUGAUGUCUGACUGAUGCAAAAAUAAGAUAGAUUUGACUAAUGAGCCCGUUAAAAGUUACUGCGAUCCAUGAACUAUUAAAAUAAUCACGAAAAAUGCAUCUAUGUACCGAGAAUGAGUAUUCUAGCAUAAUAAUAGAAGGAGUGCCUUUCUACUAGAUCAGCUUUUCUGCCUUGCACAGAUGCUCCUCUCCUUUUCAACUCCGUUUUCAGCUGUAUUACAGACCAUGUUGAACACACUUUUACCACUUAAUUAUUAUAUUUAACAACAAAAAAACACGUUUAAAAUUUGACAGCUGCAAUAUUCGGCUGUGGUUUGGGUCAAGCGUUUGCAGCGCCACCUAUGUCGAGCUUUGCGUAUAUUUCUCCAUUGUUUCAAGUCAAAUAGAGAUAGCAUAAGGCCUAUAAGUGAUUAGCAUAUUGAUUUGAUUUUUUAAUUUUGGUGCAAGUGUGUUGUGAGUGCAUAAAUACAACUUUGGCAAAUCCCUUAGCGAUUCUGUGAAUUUGAAAAUUCUAGAUUUUCUUAUAAAUGUCAAAUUUAGAACUAAGUAACGCCAACGAUCAAUAUUUUGCUACGAAACUAUUUAAAUAUGUAUACUCUAUUUCGUAAAUAAUAUCUUAUCGUAAAGAUCACCUCCGAAGUGUGUUUUCAGUUUUUUGUGUCGGUUUUUCACGGUUUUUUUUUCGAUGCGAAAUAAGUAAAUCAUUAUUUAUAAUCAAGCAAUAGAGUUUAGCAAAAUCUGUUGACUAUUUUAAAUGAAAUAUUAAUACUAAGGAUAAAUAAAUUAAUGUUUAUAAAAAUCGCACGUCAGUCUAUUAUAUUAUAUACUAUAGUCUGUCUACAUGAACAAGCAACACUAACAAAAUAUUGGUGUCUGUCACACUGGAAACUGAUUGUGGAUUAAUUUGAUGAAUAGUUUGACCAUCAGACAUAUUUAUUUGUGUAGGUUUAAAGUAAAAUCACCAAGAAGAUUUGUAAAAGGACUUUUAAUUCUAUUGAAAGACAAAAAUCAGAACGGCUCACUAAGAAACUAUACACAUUUCUUUAAUUAAUUUUUGUUUUUUAUUAAUUUCUUUGUUCUUUAAAAUCGGUGUUCACUUCUGUAAAGUGAAUGAGAAAAGUGUUUCAUUUAUCAUAAAUUUUUAGUAUUAUGCUAUUAAAUGAGGUCACUAACUAUUUAAAAUAAAAAAAAUGACAUCAUGCUAGGUAUCUGAUAUCGAACAGUUCCCAUUACACAUUUUCUAUAAAUUAGUCACUUAUCGCUAUUUUUUAAUAUUCAUUAGCGAUGUAUUGCUUUUUCCGCCCUCGCCGUAAAAAUUUACGACUAUAUAGUAAUGAGUUUUACACAUUUUAAUAUCGUAAACAUUAAUGCAUGUGUGAAAAUAAAAAAAAUAUAUUAGCAUAAAUAUUUGAAAUAUCCCCGAGUUGGCUUACUUUUAAUAAAAUAUGGGAAUACCUAUUUACCAGGUUUUCUCUAUUAUUUUCUAAAAGCAUUAUUUUUACUUUUAAAAUAAACUUUAAUUAGUUUGAAAAGAAUACAAACCUACCUAAAAAAACUAACCACGAUUUUUUUUUAAACUACCUGAUUUAAAAUCCUUAAUAUAUUAGUAAGUUUAUUAUGUAUUUGAUAUCUCAGUUCUGAGGGGCCAAUGAAAUAAAAGAUAUAAACGAAAAUCAUCCAAUUUGCCAUAUUAUGAUCAUAAAAUUUUCAUCAUAAUAUGGCAAAUUGGAUUUAAAAACAUGGUAUUUUUAAAUGAGUCAAGGUCUACAAAAAUAACAAGAUUCAUUCCGAAUGCUUUUAUUUUUGUAGUAGGCCCUCUGAAAAAUCAUUUGUUUCAAUCAAAUCAUUAACAGAUUUUGAUCAACUUACCCAGUGUGCCGAAGUCGGAACGAACGAAAUGUAAAGCAUAGUGUUAUUCGCUCAUAUUCGCAUUUAUUUAGUAAGUUAAAGUGUAUUUUUUAUAUAUCAGUGUCGUGAGAAUACAUUUCUUUUUUUCUUUUAUAUUUUGUAAAAUAUGUCGACAUUAGAGACUUCCUACUUAUGACUUUUUUCAUUGAUUGUUGACUAAAGAUUUAAAUUAUAUAUGCGUUAAAUAAAUGAUUAUAAAAA